CCUUCUGAAGUGGUUGCCAGGGGGAUGAGUGAACACCGGAAGAAGCGUUCUUAACUUAUACGGCUUAAUGUUAUUGUUUUGCUCUCGUAUGAAUAUUGUAAACAGUUGUCACCCCACUAGCUUUAAUGCGAGAGGCCGUGGAUGACCCUGAUGUUCUGACACGAUGUCUGCAGCUGCUCUGAAGAUUGGAGACCAGCUGAUCCUUGAGGAAGAAUAUGAUGAGAACUACAUCCCUUCAGAACAAGAGAUUCAGGAGUAUGCUAGAGAGAUUGGCAUCGACCCAGACAAGGAGCCUGAGUUGCUCUGGUUGGCCAGGGAGGGCAUUGUCGCCCCCCUGCCCGCCGAAUGGAAGCCAUGCCAGGACGUGACGGGCGACAUCUAUUACUUCAACUUCUCCUCGGGCCAGUCCACCUGGGACCACCCGUGCGAUGAGCAGUACAGGCAGCUGGUGCAGCAGGAGAGGGAGCGCGCCCAGCCCCACACCUCCAAGACCAGCACGCUCGCCGGGAAGAAGGAGAAGAAAAAGAAGGACAAGAAGGAGAAGAAAGGGAAGAAGAAGGAGGGAGCCAAGCCUUCACCCUUAGGCGGCAUGGUCAUGCCCCUCAGCUCUGGCUUGGGGUCCUUGGGGGGCCCGUUGAGUUCCCUUGCCCCUCUACGUGGCCUUGGCCUCAGCUCAGAGACAGCCAUCCCCCCUCUACGUGGAUCACUUCUGGGCUCAGAGGGCAGAGACUCCCUCAGGACCUCUCUUGGGGGGCCCGUGUCCAGCCUGGGCUCCAGUCUGCUGGAAGGGAGGCUACAGGAGAAGCCGACCCGCAUCAGCCCUGACCUUGAGGAAGAGGAAGACAAACUGUCAGACCAAGAGAGCCCCAGUGGACGAGGCCAGAUGAUGCUCAACCUCCACCUUGACCUGGAUGACCUGGGGAAAAGCUUCCAGUAUGAGGACAGCGAGGCAAGCAUAAGUGCCCCCCCUGAGGAAUUGACUGAACCAGAGUUGCGGGACAUAGGCCGAGACCACAGCCCAGACCCUGGCUCUCAGGAUACAACCAGUGACCAAAAAGUCAAAGUGGUAUCAGCCACAGGAGAUGUUAAGAGGAAGAAGUCGCUUGAUGGAGAGGACAGUGAGGAAAUCAAAGGGAACAAGGAAAAAGGAAGAACACAAAAAGAAAAGGGAAACCUCAAAGACAGCUACCUGCUUGGCCUGGAUGGAGACGGGUUUCUGGCCAACCAGAGGCUGCAGCUGUGUGCCAGCUCCCCGGACACCUCCCUCUCCUCCUCCGCCCACAUCAGACUCAGUCCCCUCAGAGGAGGCUCGGGCCUAGGCUCGGACCUGAGAAAGAGCCCUGUCUCUGGCAUUGGAUUGGGUCGAAGGGAAGGUUCUAGAUUAGGAUUGGGACUGAAAGAUGUUCUUGGAUCAGGCUUAGGGGAGGGCUCUCGACUAGGAUCGGGUCUAGCAGAGGGCUCUAGAUUGGGGCUGGAACUAAGAGAGGGCUCAAGACUGAGAGAGGUCUCAAGCUUGGGCUCAGAGUUGAGGAAACCGGGCUCUUCUCCAGAGCCGACCAGGAGAAGCCCCCUCAUGCGGACCUCCAGCGCCUCGUCCAGGGAGGAAGACAGGAGUAAAAGGAAGACCUCCGAUAUACAGAUCAGCAGCAGGGGAGAGGAGGAGAGUCUCAGUGCGAAGGGGAAGAGGACAGAAAUAUCAGAGGUGGACAGUCACAACACCAAAGCCAAAGCACAAGACGAGAAGGAGGAGGAGGAUGAAGAGGAGGAGUUGGAGGAAGAAUUGGAUGAAGAGGUGUUUGAGGAGGAGGAGGAGGAGGUGGUGGAGGAUGACGGGGAAGAAUCGGAACGGAAUGCUUCGGAGGGAGAAAUAAGCAUGGGUAAAAAGGGGAUGGAGAAGGUAGAGGUUGACAGACCUAGAGUGAUGGAAGAGAGGUUUAAAAAGACAGAAGGUGGUGCCUUGAAAUGGGGUUCUGAUUUUAUGAAAGAAAAGCGUGAUUUCAAAACGGCAGACGAGUUGUUGAAAAGCGACCCAGAGGAGAAGAGCAGAAGGAGUCCACAAGAACAAUUCGUGAAGAGGGUUGAGAGGAUAGAAGAUGUGGAGGACAUCACCAGUAGAAGGCCCUGGGGCUUACCUGAGAAGCACAGUCCGACGUUUCUUCUCAAGGCGGAGACGAAGAGAUUCGAUGACGAAGAGGAGAUGCGUCGGCUGAGAGAGGAGAGUGACGCCAAAAUUAGAAUGCUUCGUCAGCAGCUGGACGUGAGCAGGAGGGAGGAGGAGUCUCGUGUGAGGGAGGAGGAGUCUCGGCUGAGGGCUGACAUGACCCAGAGGCUCCAGGAGCUCCGGGACAACAACCAGAGGGAGAGGGAACUCCAGCAGAGACUCAUCUCGGAGGAGAAUGCGAGCUGCCUGCGUGAGCUUCAGAGGCGCCUGGAGGAGGAGCGUCGUGCGGAGCAGGGCCGACUGGAGGAGCAGCAGAGGAGGGAGCUGAGCAGGCUGCAGGAGGAGGCUGAGCUGAACCUCCUGCAGGAGAAGAGGCAGCUGCACAAGAGGCAGGAGGAGGCUCUCGGCUCCAUCAAGCUGGAGGCUAGGACCAAUGACAUGAUGAGCGAUGUAUCAAGCAGCUCGAAGCAACAGCUGGCGGACUAUCGCACAGAGCUGACGGAUGUGCUGCAGGAGAUCCGCGAGGAGCUUCAGCGCGACCACAGCCGGCGGGUGGAGCAGGCCAAGGAGGAGCAGAGGCAGAAGCUGGAGGCCAUGAGGCUGGAGCAUGUGGAGCAGGUGCGUCAGCCCAAAGCCGCCACCCCUACCACCCCCACAACCACCACCUUCAGGAGGCUCCGCAAAGCCUGUCUAGGCCUGUGUGCUACGGACGGUCCUGGAAGGCCUGCAGCGCCCCAAGCCGGCAGCCCACAGAAGAGCCCCCAGAGAGAAAGCUUUGUUGGCCUGGGUCAGACGGCGGUGCCGCCGACUUCUUUCCUCACAAGGUUGCAGAAGAUGUGUGUGGUUCAAUAAAAGCUCCUAUAAAAGGAGAAGUGAGACAACUUGA